AUGCUCCCGUUCGACUUGACGCAACACUCCCCCCCGGCUCUCAUUCAAGACUCUCGCACUCAGGCUAUUCGCCGCCGGCACGAGUUGCUGGUACUCGUGAUGGGCGUCCCUCCCGCAGAGUGGAUAAAGGUCGAAGCUGAGGUUCACACACGGAUCCAGGAGUUGUGGCGCCAAGGGCAACAAGACUUUACAGUGGGCAACGAUGUGGCGCUCCAGCACCGACUUCACUUCUGGGCAAAGGUCGAGGAGGAAGGUGGUAGGUUUGAUGCAAACCGCGAACUACUGAAGUUCUGUUACAUCUCGCUGAACGCAAUUAUCGCCUGGGAGGCGACUCUUAGGGAGGGCGUGUUGAACAAGCUUCCUCCGCAGGUCGGUGCGAACUUGGAGGCGGCUGGUGUUGCUCUGGAGGCCGGGCUCCAACGGCAAAGAGGCGGCGAGCCUGCCGAUUCAGGGUCACACAUCGCAAGAAAGGGUGCUUCCUGGAUAGGAGGGACGUUCACAUCGAGCAGGUGGUACUCGAAGGACGGUCACGCUGUAAACACGAUGCGAAGAGUUAUUGUCAUCGAUUAUGGCCAUAGCACUGUCGAUGGGGCGUUUUACAGGGCACACCCAGUCGAUAACAAGGAUGAUGUGCGAGUCAUCGAGAAAGACCAGUUCGAAAGCUGGGUCUCUCACUAG